GUUACUACACGUUGAAAAACGUAGCAUCCAUGACGGAGGUGAUGAUUAGUUGAUUACCUUCAAUUUCACGUUUUCUGUUGAGUGUUUCGUUAUUAACCAACAACCGCUACUGCAUCUGGUUUAUGUUUGUUGUGCAUCAAAUUCUAUCUAUCUGUAGUUAACGUUCAUAUUGUAAAAAGGAAAAUAAUAAAUUGUGCAUUUAUUAAAAAAAAACUUUAUCGUUGAAAGCGAAAGAAAGAAAGAAAAAAAAUGAAACAGUUACACAAGCAACAAAGCUUGAAUCACAGAAGGGAAGAAGAAAUGGGAAGCGGACAAGGCGAAACCCCACCGUACUCACCGAAAUCGAUGAAGCACACUCGAUCGCUCCCUAGAUCGAUCAACUAUUUGUUGAGGGAACAGCGUCUUCUCUUCAUUUUGGUUGGAAUUUUGAUUGGAUCCACUUUCUUCAUCAUUCAGCCCACGCUUUCUCGUAUAGGUCCACCAGAGGCCCAUUCGUUUAUUCCCAGAUCUGGUGGCGGGUUGGUUCGGUUUGAUUCUGGUGUUGUUCCGGGGAGAGUCGGACGUGUUCCGGCGGGACUUGGUGGACGGCGUUUGAGGGUGGUUGUUACUGGUGGUGCUGGAUUUGUUGGAAGUCAUUUGGUGGAUAAGUUGAUUGGUAGAGGGAAUGAUGUUAUUGUGAUUGAUAAUUUCUUCACAGGUAGAAAAGAGAAUCUUGUGCAUUUGUUUGGGAACCCUAGGUUUGAGUUAAUUCGUCAUGAUGUUGUUGAACCGAUUUUGUUGGAGGUGGAUCAGAUCUAUCACCUUGCUUGUCCUGCAUCACCUGUGCAUUACAAGUACAAUCCUAUCAAAACAAUCAAGACAAAUGUCAUGGGUACACUAAAUAUGUUGGGACUUGCGAAGAGAAUUGGGGCGAGGUUUCUUCUAACUAGUACUAGUGAGGUAUAUGGUGAUCCUCUGGAGCAUCCUCAGAAAGAGACUUACUGGGGGAAUGUUAAUCCAAUUGGUGAGAGGAGCUGUUAUGAUGAAGGAAAGCGAACUGCGGAGACACUGGCCAUGGACUAUCAUCGAGGUGCUGGUGUUGAGGUUCGGAUUGCUCGAAUUUUCAACACAUAUGGACCCCGCAUGUGUUUAGAUGAUGGGCGUGUUGUUAGCAAUUUUGUUGCUCAGGCUAUUCGCAAACAGCCAUUGACUGUAUAUGGGGAUGGGAAGCAAACAAGAAGUUUCCAAUAUGUCUCUGAUUUGGUUAAUGGGCUUGCAGCUCUGAUGGAUGGUGAACACGUGGGACCUUUCAACCUGGGUAACCCAGGCGAGUUCACCAUGUUAGAGCUUGCUCAGGUUGUCAAAGAAACAAUCGAUUCAAGUGCUACAAUAGAAUACAAACCAAAUACUGCAGAUGAUCCACACAUGAGGAAGCCAGAUAUUAGCAAAGCAAAGGAACUGCUAAACUGGGAGCCAAAAGUCCCACUGAGGGAAGGUUUGCCUCUUAUGGUUAGUGAUUUCCGAAAUCGGAUUUUGAAUGAAGAUGAAGGGAAAGGAAUGUAAUAAGCGUAGUAGCUAGCUGGCCCUGUGUGUAUAGGGAGAAGAGUGUGUCUCUCCCCUUCAUUUUUCUUAAUCUUUUCUACAUCAACAGAAAGUCCUGGUAUUACGCUGCUUUUGUAAGAAGUGUUUACUGGCCUUUUACUCAUUUAUGCCAGCUUAGCAUACAAUUGAGUAAUUGUUAAUUUUUGACAAAAUUCUUUUCAGCAGUUUUCUUGUCUAUUGUAUUGAUAAAAGUUGUAAUAUUCAAUAUUUGGAUUCUAGUAUUAUGAGAAUGAAAGCUUAUCUGUAGAAAUUUGUGAA